UGUUAUACGUUACCAAUGCUGCAAGUAUUCCCCAUUCACGUGUCAAUCAUCACCUACUUCGGUCUGGCAUAUGAUCGCUACACGGGAAUACGAUACCCAGACAAACGCCGCAGUCCCGUACUGGUGUACACCGCCGCCUCCUGGCUGGUGGCCCUCAUCUCCGUCCUCCCCUACGCCAGCUUCAUCCAGUACAUCGACCUGGAAGCCCAUCUGGGCCCGGUGUGCCGCAACCGCGGCCUGUGCUUCAUCAGCCUGGACAAGAACGUCGAGGACUACCUGCGCGCCACCUUCUUUCUCAUCUUCUUCCUCCCGGCCGCCGUCAUGAUCUACCUCCUGACCCGUACCUCCUCCGAGUUGACCUUCUCCCAGAAGAAUACCCGCCCGGUGUGUACAUGCGAUGAGGAGUGCAUUAUGCGGGAGACGGCGUGGACGGACUAUGACACCGGGGUCACCAGCAAUUCCUUGAUGAUCGACUCGGAUAGCACGGGCGGUUCGUUCCGGAAACGGGACAACCGGAGUCUCUUCAGUCGGACGUUUAGUUUGAACAGUAAUCACUCGGUGGUGACUAGUAUGUACCGGUUGGCGCCGACGAAGCGCGCUCAGCCUGAAGAGAAUAACCGGAACUAUGAUCGGCGGAAGAGCACUAAUUCGGAGACAUUUUCCAUGAUCGGCGUGGACUGCGCUUACUGUUGCGCCGAACUUCAGGCUCGAGAGCAAAGCCGGGUGUGCCUAAUGAUCGUACUUUUCAUUGUUGCAUGGAGUCCCAUCAACAUCUUCCUGUUAAUGGUGCGCAUUUUCCGCGAUGUGGACGAGAGCGCGUUACUUAGCGUCAUCAACCUGAUUUUAACGGCGAUCGGCUUCACAUCCACCUGCUGGAACCCCUUCAUCACCUACCCUAUGAUCCGUCGGCGGCUGGCCAUGCAGGUGGGCUGCUCCUCCAGCAGGCAGCGCUCCCGGAGGCAUCAUAACGGCCAUACCGUGGUGUCGGCACAAGAGUCAUUGUUGAGUGUCGAUACGCUGCGCAAGAGUUCGCGGUCGCUGCGCGAAGAGGCCGAGGAGAUAGAGACCACCGGGGGAAAAGGAAGGGAAGGUGGAGCAAAACGAGCCACAGAAACAAAUGGGAAUUUAUACGAAAACCCUCGACCCCACCGGCCGACCAGCGCCCCUCGAUCGCGCUCCCCCGUACCCGCCGAUACUGACCGAGAUACUGGCAAGGACCGGCACCGCAGCACCUCGGCACAGCGUCGUCCCGGUAGUCUCUCACCCGCAGCUCUGGACCCGGCACACACUCCCCGGAACGAGACGCGACGUGACGCGCAGAAUAGUCGUAUGAGCGAUCAGCAGCGCAUCACGCAAGCCCGCAGCCAAUUCGCAGCACAACGCUCCCCCGGACACCAGGGACAGCGGUCCAUGCAGUCGCGCACACCAGCGCCCCACACCCCACGGACAUCCUUCCGACAGGAACGAGAUUCAUAGUGUAUUACAAAGAAUUAGUGCAGUCUGGAGUUGUAUUUUACUGCGAAACCCCUUGGUGCUUCAAUCCGUGAUUUGUAUUUCAAAAAGUUUUUUUGGCAGGUGACCGUAGUAUCUGCGGUCGGCGAAAAGUAUUGCUUUUUUCUUAUGGUGAG